UAUGCUAUGGCCACAAGACGAACGGAGGAAAAACCCUCCCGGAUUCAGUCGUGUUUUUGCUGUAGAGAGAUUUAGUGUUAACAAAUCGCUGGACUGUUGGUUUAUGAGCAGCAGGACCUCCACCUGAGGAAUACAACCGAUUGACAGAGUGACCGAGACUGAGAGCGAAAGCGAGAGCGAGAGAGGAAGGACUCACAAAACACACAAAACCCCACAGCGUUUUCUGUUUUCUUUUAGGAUCAGAACCGAGGCCAAAUAUGGGUAACGAGACGUCCCUACCGAUGGACAUGUGCUCCAACUUCGAUGCGGAUGAGAUCCGGCGAUUGGGCAAGCGUUUCCGUAAGCUAGAUCUGGACAAUUCGGGCGCCCUGAGCAUCGACGAGUUCAUGUCGCUGCCGGAGCUGCAGCAGAAUCCGCUGGUGCAGCGCGUCAUCGACAUUUUCGAUGCGGAUGGCAACGGCGAGGUGGACUUCAAGGAGUUCAUCCAGGGCGUCUCACAGUUUAGUGUGCGCGGCGAUAAGCUGUCCAAGCUGCGCUUUGCCUUUCGCAUCUAUGACAUGGACAACGACGGCUACAUCUCCAAUGGGGAGCUGUUCCAGGUGCUCAAGAUGAUGGUCGGCAACAAUCUGAAGGACACACAGCUGCAGCAGAUUGUCGACAAGACCAUUUGCUUUGCCGACAAGGACGAGGACGGCAAGAUAUCCUUCGAUGAGUUCUGCUCGGUGGUGGGCAACACCGAUAUUCAUAAGAAAAUGGUUGUCGAUGUCUAAGCCAACACACACACAAAAUACCAGGGGACCGCAACCGUGGGGGUUCCAUUCCACAUUUACAUAUAUAUAGAUAAUACGACUAUCGUUUUAGCCAAUACAGUUCCAUGUGCGAUGUGUGUGUGUACAUGUGUGCAUGUGUGUGUGUGUACCUUUUGUUCCACCUGUUGUUCAGCUUUAAAUUAAAUGGAUCUAUCCUUCUGUCUGUCUGUAUGUCUGUCGGUCUGCAGUUGUACGAGAUCCUAAGCGAGGGCCUUGAGGCGUGCCAAAAAAACAACAAACAAAAGAAAACAAAAACAAAACAAAAAACAACAAUCAGAUAAUGGAAUUUUGAACUCGUAUUGUAAUCUAACCAUGUCCUAUACCUUAUCUCUGAACGAUCUCUCAUCCUCAGAAUGCAAUGAAUUGUGUCUUAUACUCAUACGAAAACCACCGGCAACGGACCACUAUGAAACUUCAUCCUCAUAAACGUACUCCUACACGUUCUUCUAUUAUGAAACGAAAAUGAUGUACCCAAUGCCACUUGUUUCAAUUCACUCGAAUUGAACAUUCUGCACAUAUAAUUAUUUCUUGCGCAUUACGCAUCAAAACAUGGGUACAUUCUGUGGAGUUCUGUCUUUGAAACUAUCAUCAAAUAUGUUCCAGAAACAUAUUCUUUCAACUUUCAACUGUUACCUUUCAUUCCUAAUAUGCUUUCAAAAGGAAACACCUUCAACUGUUGCAAUUAUCGUAUGUGUACCUACUGUUUCAAUACCAUUUGUUCCUAAUCUUCAAUUCCUCUUGUAAGGAAAUGUUUCCAUUCUUUUGUUCCUAACCUUUAACUUAAUUUCCAUGCAACAAAUAUUUUUUUGUAUAAUAUACCGAAGAGUGUAUUAUAAUCGAAGUAAUUUGCUCAUGAUAAAUUACCGAAAUUUGUACUUCAAUUUCAAUAUUUUUCAUUGCAUUUUCACAUGUUUCUUUUUCGAAUCUUCUGCUCUUGAGCUGCCGCUCAAGACACCCUUUAUUUUUUUUUUUACUAUUAAUACUAAGUAUGUAUAAGUUUGUGCACUACCCGGGACUUACCUCAUUGCAGCUGAAGCCUUGGAUGGGAUCUCGCUUGGAUCGCAUUGCUCUGGAAAGUAUGCUAUGGCGAAGGGCCUUUGGGGGGUUUGGGUAGAUUGAACUUAAGAUCGAUAAAGUCUCAAAACUAGAUUGUACUGUAACCUAAAUCUAUGUUCAAGAUUAAAGCCUAAUAAUUAAGUUCAUCCUUCGACUACUGCUACUACAUGUUGUGUAUAAGAAACUUGCAACUAAAAUUAAACAAUGUUUAUUGAAAAAGCAAA